AUGCCUACCGGGGCGGGCAAGAGUCUCCUCUUUAUGCUUCCCGCGUGGGUGGCUGGGGGGCUCACGAUUGUCGUCGUACCGCUGGUUACGCUUCGGGCAGACCUCCGGCAGCGUUGUACGACGCUUGGGAUUUUAUGCGUUGAGUGGGAAAGCCGACGGCCUCCGGACGAAGCAUCGAUUGUCCUUGUGACACCCGAGUCUGCCCUCACUGAGGAAUUUCGUACGUUCCUAAAUCGCCAGCAGCUUAUACACCAGCUUGAUCGGAUCGUUAUCGACGAGUGUCAUCUGAUGCUCCACCAACAUAGCAAUUUCCGGCCUACCUUUCGAAAGCUUAGCCAGCUUACCAAUACCAACGCUCAGCUAGUCUUACUCACAGCCACACUCCCACCAAGCGCCGAGCACCAACUCUGGAAGCGGCUUCAUUGCACAAGGGAGAAUAUUUCACUAUAUCGGGAUCGUACGAGCCGGCAUAAUGUAGCCUACCGUGUUUGGAGGCCUCUGAUUAAGCGUGGCUUCGAAAGCAUGUCCCAGUGGAUCCAGAUGGAUUGUGUGGCCCGGUUUAUCCAUCAACGUGUGCAGCUCGGCUUCCCAGGCCGUACAAUUGUAUACUGCAGCACCAUCACACAUACUCGUACGAUGGCCGGUCUCCUAGGCUGUGAGGGCUUCUUUGCCGAGCAGGCUGAUCGUGCUGGGAUCUUGGAACGGUUCUGUGGCGGCAUGGGUAAAGUCCUUGUGGCCACCAACGCGCUUGGGAUGGGGAUUGAUAUUCCUGAUAUCCGGUGUGUGAUCCAUCUUGGGUGGCCCCGUACGAUGCUCGACUACAGCCAGGAGAGUGGACGGGCUGGACGAGACGGCCAACCCAGCGAGGCAAUCAUCAUCCAGCCAGAUAGUUUCCAUGAGCCACCAAUCUGGUUCCAACUACCUGCUGGAGCGGAUGAGAAACAAGUGCAAGCCCACCAGGCCGAUAUAAGGCUCGUACGAGAGUAUCUUAAUGUGCCACUAGAUGGGUGCCGACGGGCAGUCCUCGAUGGAUAUCUUGAUGGGGACUUUGAUGGGCGUACGAGGAUACACUGUGGUGAUAUUAUUGCGCAGGGGCUUGACGAACAACGGUGUGACCGAUGUCAACCUGAUUGGUUCCAUGGGCUCUCGUACGAAGUGACACGGGCUAUGCUACCGGAAGCAGAGAUAUCCCAGCAGGGUGUCAUGGUGAGUGAUAGCUGGCAGCCACUCCGUAUAGCCCCAGCGAGUCCAUAUGGCUCGAGGGCAUCUAGUACGGCCAGUACUGAGAGCUUCCAGUCCCAGGUCCCAAGAGGGAUUCGACCUGCAGCCAGUCCUAUACAGGGGCCAGUGAUCUCUACUAGCGAGGCCAGGGCGAUUCCCACUGAGGUGCGGUACGAACUCCGACAGCAGGAUAUCGUACGAAGGCAGUUUGGGCAGCAACGGCGGGAGGAAGGGCCUCUGGCACUGCAAUUGAUGGAAUUCCUCGAGGCAGAAGUCCAGAGGUGGCAGGAUCGGUGCUGGGUCUUGGUAUCUUCGGUGGCGAAGUAA